AUGGAUGGUCGGAGACUAACUGUUGGGUGGAAAGAGUUCGCCGGUGCACAUGAUUUCCGAGUCGGAGAUAUCAUCGUUUUCAAACACGAAGGAGAUUUCGUGUUCCACGUCACCGGUUUUGGACCAAGUUGCUGCGAGAUUCAAUAUGAACAAGAAGACAACAUCAGGGACUUGUCGAUGGAGCAGAAUCUAAAAACAGAGCCAGAGUCUUUAUCAGACAGUUCUUGUUUUGUAGCAAAUAUCAGUGAUUCGAACUUUAGAGACAAUAGACUGUUUCUUCCACGGACGUUUGUUAUGUCUGAUGAUCUGAAGAAAGGUAGCAACGAGAUUGUUCUAAUGAAUGGAGUAAAGACAUGGACGCUUAAUCUGGGGUUUAGUGAGUCAAAAGGAACCUUAUACAUGAGCUGUGGCUGGAGAAGCUUCUGCAAUGAGAAUGAGCUUAAACCUGGAGAUUCCGUUACAUUUAAACUAGAGAGUAACAACACGAAAACGCCCGUUCUCCGUUUCUCCACUGCAGAAACUAAGAGUGAUUCCACAAAACAUAGAAAACAUAGAAGCGAAGGGAAUAGAAAAGAUGGCGAAAAGAGACUUGUGACACUAACUGUCACACCAGCCAGUCUCAAACAUUGUAGACUUUAUCUUCCGCAGAGCUUCAUUAGCGAUAACAAGAUGGAAACUGCAGGAGGUAAGAAGUUAACUCUGUUGGACAAUCAUGGAGUAAAGUGGCCAGCGAAGCUAGUGAUGUUAAAGGGAAAUGGACAGACCCGAAAUGAACAGAUGCAUUUAGGUUUAGGGUUGCGAGAAUUCCUCGAGGCUACUGGCGUUAAGGUAAACGAAUCUUUUACGUUGGAGCUGGAUUGGGAAGACGCUACAAUUCCUCCUAUAUUCAAGUUCUGCUCCAAGAUCAAGAUCUGA